AUGGCCUAUUCGCCGUUCGAACCGUACCGGAAGUUUGAUAACCGGAAGCAACAGUUUGCACCCACAGCAUUAGUCAUGGGGCCCAUACAAUUAACUUUGAAGAACGUCGCAUGGACAGAGCAGCGCAUUAUACACGUUACCAAUCCCCUGCCAUGGCUGUGCGAUAUCUUAGCCCUAGCUUUGGCCCUUGUACCACUACCGGCCGAAAAAGGAGCUGGUUUUUUAACUCAUCAGAGAGAGGAAAAAAGUAACGACUUAGCAGGAUACGCGGGGAACAUGAGAAGGUCAGCUAUGCGCUUUAUGGUAGUCACACUUGGGGCGUGCCUCUUGGUCUGCUAUGCAGCGUUGGUUUUCGACGAAAUAUACAAAUAUAACAAAGGGAAGGUGGUUUCGGCUAUUCAGGGAUCGGAUGAGGACUGGCCGGUUCAAAUAGCCCGGGGUAUAUACUAUAUCACUAGCACAGUGAUAUUCACGAGUAUCACGGCGGUGACUAUCAUAGAGUUGGUGGUUUGGGUUCUUACUUUCUGUAUUUGCCUCCUUUUCGAGGAGACAGGCCAAAGAACGUGA